AUGAACGUUCUAGUUUACUCGGGCCCAGGGACGACCGUUGAAGGCGUGAAGCAAUGUCUCGAGUCGUUGAGACUACACCUAUCAGCCUACUAUGCAGUCAUUGCCGUGAGUGAAACCGUGCUCCUCACCGAGCCGUGGAUGAGGAAAACGUCAGUGUUGGUCAUACCAGGGGGUGCCGACUUGCCCUUUUGCAAGAUACUCAAUGGCGAGGGCAACAAGCGAAUCACGAGCUACGUCAAGAAUGGAGGCAAGUUUAUGGGUUUCUGCGCUGGAGGAUACUACGCCUCCGCGAGGUGUGAAUUUGAAGUUGGAACUCCCUUGGAGGUUUCCGGUCCACGAGAGCUCAAGUUUUAUCCAGGCACAUCGCGCGGCUGCGCUUUUAAAGGGUUCCAAUAUGAGCUGCAGGUUGGUGCACGAGCCGUCAAGUUGCUCGUGAACACGAGCUUGCUACCGGGCGCGCCGCUGACUGUGUUUAACUACUACAACGGCGGAGGACUUUUUGCUGAAGCUUCGAAAUACAAAGGUGUCCAAGUGUUGGCACUGUAUGACGGCACAACCGACAUUGAAGACGCCGACAAGGCCGCGGUUGUUUACGCGAAAGUCGGCAAGGGAGAUGUCAUCUUGACGGGAACUCACCCCGAGUACUCGCCGUCGUUGUUCAAGGAGGUGGAGGAGAAAUUUGAACCGGUGGUGCAGACAUUGCAGGAGACAAACCACAACAGGAAACUAUUUUUGAAGCAGUUGUUGAAAAAAUUGGGCCUCCGUGUCCGCGAAGACGUCGACUCUACAGUGCCGUCGAUCACACCGGUGUUUAUUGCGUCUCCCCUGGGCGAGAAAAUCAGAGAAUUGGAAGACUCGUUGCAACGUAAUUUGGACGUGGAAAGGGGCGUGUUUCAAGAUAGCAAUGACGUCUUUGUGUUUCAGAAUUUGCACGAAGGUGAGCUCAAGCUGGAUCACAAGACACCCACCUAUCUCAACUUCACCGAGGAGAUCCCGUCAGGCAAGGUGACCCCUUACUUUAACAUGGGCAAAUACUUUGACAGCUUGAAAUCAUUGGUUGGGGCCGAGGGCUGCUGCCGAUUCGGGGGGAUAUUGGGCUACGCCGAGGUGAUUGGCUCCACAAACACUCUACUUGACAGAAACCCGGCUUUUUUGAAACAGCUUCCCAAUGGCUUCACCUUGACUGCAUCGACACAGAUAGCGGGCAGGGGACGCGGCGGCAAUGUCUGGAUAAACCCACGCGGAGUCUUGGCGACUUCCAUCUUGUUUCGGGUGCCGCAGUCGAAAGACGCGUCGUCCUUGAUAGUCACGCUCCAGUACUUGUGCGGAUUGGCGUUGAUCGAGUCGAUUUUGGGAUACGGCAGCAGCUCAACGUCUUGCGGUAAAGGUGUCGGGUACGAAAACUUGCCCGUACGGUUGAAAUGGCCCAACGAUAUUUUCGUGUUGAAGCCCGAGUACAUUGACAGUCUCGAGCAUAAAGUGGGCUCCACCGUGGACGGAGAUGACGAAAAGUAUGUGAAAAUAUCGGGCGCUUUGGUCAACUCGCAGUACAUGGACGGCCUGUACCAUUUGGUUUGGGGCGGCGGGGUUAAUGUGUCCAACCCGGCGCCAACAACGUCGUUGAACUUGGUGUUGGAGAAAUUGAACAAUGUCCGCAAAGCAAAGAACUUAUCGGCGUUGCCUCCUUAUGAGCCCGAGCUUUUGUUGGCGCGGCUAAUGUCGACAGUCGACCUGUUUUACAAAGUUUUUGAAAAAUCCGGCUUGAAGCCGUUCUUGCCAUUGUACUACAAGCGGUGGUUCCACUCGGACCAGACCGUGGACGUGGACGGAGCGGGCGGAAACAGAAAAACAUGCCAAAUCAAGGGCAUUACCCCUGACUUUGGGUUGUUGAUAGCUGAGGAUAUAGCGACAGGCGAACGUUUGCAUUUGCAACCAGAUGGCAACUCUUUUGACAUCUUUAAAGGUUUGGUUUAUAAGAAAAACACUUGA